GUUGGUUUUUGAAGUUACGUACGACAUUUAAACACUUCCAAUACAAUAUUUUUACUUGUGCUUCAUUUAAAUAACAGCAUAUUUAAUCAAAUGCUGUUGUCCAGAAUAGGAAGAAGAACCUGCAAAAGUUUAAUCGUUUUAUCCUUAUUGUGGCUUCUGAUUAAUUUAUUGAACAGUUUUAAAACUAAGUGUUAUUGGGGAGAUUGCAAGAAAGUAGAAUAUUUUAAGAGCCAGACUUAUAAUUAUGGUAAUAGAUUUAAUGAAACAAAAGAAGAAAAACAAGAAGAGAGAGUACUAAACGAUAAGGAAAAUGAUUCUAUUUACAAAUAUAAAAGAACCAUCUUAAAGCGAUGGUUACCAGCUUCGUUAGUACUUCAAAGUAAAGGUGCAGGCGAAAUGGGUGAACCUGUAUAUAUUCCUUUUAAACAUAACGCCAUUAUGAUUAAAAAAUUCAGCAUAUACAAUUUCAAUGUAUUAGCCAGUGAUAGCAUUUCAAUAAAAAGAUCAUUACCAGAUGUGAGACCAGAGGACUGCAAAAGAAGAAAAUAUCCAGAAUUUCUUCCUACUGCAUCAGUUGUGAUAGUUUUUCAUAACGAAGCUUGGUCCACUUUACUAAGGACAGUGUGGAGUACAAUUAAUAGAUCGCCUAGAUCUUUACUCAGAGAAAUAAUACUUGUUGAUGAUGCUAGUGAUGCCAGGUAUUUGGGUAAAGAUUUAGAGGAAUAUGUCGCAAAACUACCUGUCAGAGUUCAUCUCCUUCGAACAGAAAAUCGGUAUGGUUUAGUAAAAGCCCGUUUGUUAGCAGUUGAACAUGUUACAGGUCAAGUCAUCACAUUUUUAGAUUCACAUUGUGAAUGCACAGAGGGGUGGUUAUUGCCUUUAUUGGCGAGACUUGAAAAAGAUAGAAGAAUUGUUGCAUCACCAGUUAUAGAUACUAUAUCCAAAGAAACAUUUGAAUAUGUGCCAUCUUCCAACGACAGAUAUGGAGAUUUCGAUUGGCAUUUACAAUUCAAGUGGCACGAUUUUUCCCAAACUGAUCCACAGAAAAGAUUUGGUAAUAGAACAGUGCCAAUAAGGACACCAGUAAUAGGAGGAAUUUUUUCAAUUGAUAAAAAAUAUUUCAAAGAAAUUGGUUCUUAUGAUGAGAGAAUGGAUUUUUGGGGAAUGGAAAAUUUAGAAUUAAGUUUUAGAAUCUGGCAGUGCGGUGGUGUCUUGGAAAUAGUACCAUGUUCUCGUGUGGGGCAUGUUUCUAAGGAUCAAACAAUGUAUUAUUCUGAAAGUGGUUAUAGAAGAAUUUUUCGGAAUGCUAACAGAGUAGCACAGGUCUGGAUGGAAAAUUGGUCUAAUUUUUAUUACGCUACGAAUCCGUAUGCCAGACUAGAACCGGCUGGUGAUCUGUCUUCUAGAAUUAAUUUAAGAAAAAAAUUAAAUUGUAAAAGUUUCAGAUGGUACUUAGAAAAUGUACAUCCAGAAUCUACUAUGCCACUUAACUACUACUAUCUGGGAGAAAUUCGGAACGUAGUAACUGGGCUUUGUUUAGAUACUAUGGGAAGAAAGGAAUAUGAAAACCUUGGUAUGUCUUACUGUCAACACUUAGGCGAUACUCAAAUAUUUGUUUAUACAAAACGAUAUAAAAUAAUAUCUAAUGGAUAUUGUCUGGAAGCCUCUUCACCAGUUGGUCCAAUACAAUUAAGAACUUGUCAAACAAUCGGCGCAAGGCAAAUCUGGGUCUAUGAUUUCGAGAAAAAGACAAUAAAUAAUACUAGCACAGGGAACUGUCUUACAAAAACUGAUGAUAAUGAUCUUUGUUUGGAGGCUUGUAAUGAUGAAAAGAAUCAACGCUGGUUAAUGAUUGAUCAUUUUAGAUGGCAGGUAGAUCAGAAAGGUAAAUAGUGAUAAUUGAUAUUCUAAAAGAAAUAAUUGUCUUAUUAUUUAACUGUAUUUGCUUAAAAUUAUUUGUAAUUAGACAUGAUUUGUGAGAAGUGCGGUAGAAACUUUAUUUCUCGAAAUUUAUUACUUGUCCAUUCCUGUAAAAUUCCUAUCGAAGAGAAUGUUGACAAUUUGGAUGUUUCUGCUACCAUUCCUCGAGGGCCAAACAUGACUUCAAGUGA